AUGUAUCAAUUACAGUUAUUUUUCCGUUUUUUGCAACAAUUUGAGCAGAACAAAAUUCUUUGUUCUAAAAGUUCAGCUAUGAUUCGAGAGAUAAUACCAGUCGAAAGAGCUCAGAAACUUAAAUAUGGCCUUACAAUGCGAAUUUUAAACUCCAACAUUGAAUUCAAAGAGUUUCAUGUCUUCAAGAUUUUGCAGUUGCAACAGAAUAAUGUUUCACAUCAACAAUUAUAUCAAAGACUAGCAUCGUUAAUAGACAAAGUCGCUGCUUCAUUGUAUAAAGAACACAUGCUUUCUACGUUGAGUUCAUACCCAUUGACAGAAAUAGUUGUCAUCUCUUACUUUGUUGCCGAGAAAUUCCCAUGUUUAUUUUAUGACUAUGACACAUUGGAUCUACUGAAAUCGAAAUCAAUAUUACUCCAGAGGAAAGACUCCGCUAAAGAAGCAAGUAUAACUAAAAUUGAAAGAUACAAUCAGAUGUGGAUUAUUACAUACUUGUUGAAGGUCGCCUAUAUUAAACACGUAAAGAGUACUGCAUGCGAUUUAUCUGUCGAUGACGCGUCAUUUAAUCGCCUAGGUAGUUAA